AUAAUGUAUCGUAUCAGAGCAAAGAAGCAAGUCGACGGAGAUGCGCCACAGGGAAACUUGUUGGAUUUGGAACUGAUUUUUAGCUCCAUUUCAUGCGGUGAUGCUUUAUAUUUGUGUUUGAAACAUUGUUCAUAAUUCAUUGACAUUUGUAUUUUGAGUUUUAGACAAACUUUGUUUCAGAACAAGUGAAGAGAGGGCGUCAAAAAUGAGCGCACAACGACGGGGUCGGGUAAGUCCGUCUCCGAGACCCUCUCCGCGGCCUGGCUCCAGCGGAGGACUCUCGGUUCAAGAUGAGCUGGAGAUGGAAAAAAUUGAAGAUGAAAUGCGACGACCGAGCAGCGCCAGUUCUCGACAUGCCUGGAACGACAACGAUGGUUUUGACAUGGGAACGGAAGAAAGGGACGUUCAUAGUAGUUUUGCUCAAAGAGAAUACGAUGACGACGAAGGAGAGGAAGAUGACAGCGAAGAUAGUGACGAGGAUCAUGCCCCUACAGCCAUGGAAAAUGAGGUCUAUGUUGGUGGUCAAAUCAGGGCAAUUGAUCCGAAAAUUGCCAAGGCUAAAGCCGAAGAGCAGAGGGCAAGUUGUUGGGUGAAAGUUGGUCGUGCAUUAAGAUCUCUUUGGAGAACAAGACAGACUGAAGAUACGUCCGUUGAUAAGGAGCUUCAUGUGAAAACGACCCUGAGAGAACUAGCCAUCUAUCUGGUGUUCCUUGUUGUCAUCUGUAUUGUGACUUUCGGCAUGACAAGCUCUCACAUGUACUACUACACCAAGGUGAUGUCAGAGCUGUUUCUGGAUUCCCAAUUCCCUGAUACCAAGAACACUUACCGAGGAAUGACAACCAUGCAUGACUUCUGGAGAUUUGCUGAGAACCCUUUGGUGGAUGGCCUAUACUGGGAAACAUGGUACAACAAUGAGAACGUGACCGAAGACGAACUUGGCUACAUCUUCUACGAGAACAAACUACUGGGCGUGCCACGUAUCCGGCAGCUGAAGGUUAAGAAUGACUCCUGCAUCGUCCAUUCCGACUUUGAAGCGAACAUCAACACCUGUUACGCCGGUUACUCUGAAAGCUUGGAAGAUACACAAACCUUCGGCCUCAAUAAUGGUUCUGCCUGGGUAUACAGCACAGAGGAGGAUCUGGAUGGUUCCGGUCACACUGGAAUGAUAACAUCCUAUGGAGGAGGCGGUUUCUAUGCCGACCUCAAGAAGACCAAAGCGGAAUCUCUGGACAUCAUCAUGACCCUGAAAGACAACCUCUGGCUUGAUCGAGGCACUAGGGUCGUUUUCGUUGACUUCACGGUCUACAAUGCCAACAUCAAUUACUUCUGUAUCAUUCGACUCACUGUGGAAUACCCGCCGACUGGGGGCGCUAUCCCAUCCUACAAGUUUCGAACGGUGAAGCUGCUGCGAUACGUGACGGCAUUUGACUACUUUAUCCUGUGCUGCGAGGGCAUAUUCUGUCUGUACAUCCUCUAUUACAUGGUUGAGGAGAUCUUGGAGAUCAAGCGGCAUCGUUGGGCUUACUUCAAGAGUAGCUGGAACUGUCUUGAUGUCAUCAUCAUCUUUAUCUCGAUCGUUUGUGUGGCAUUCAGCUGCUACCGUUAUCUGACGGUGGCCAAUCUCAUUGAAGGACUGCUUGCCCAGCCUGAUAUUUAUCCUGACUUUGAAUACAUGGGAUACUGGCAAGAUCUCUUUAAUAACAUCAUUGCUGUCAAUGUCUUCUUGGCUUGGAUUAAGACUUUCAAGUACAUCAGUUUCAACAAGACUAUGACCCAGCUGUCCUCCACCCUGUCCCGUUGUGCCAAGGAUGUGGGAGGAUUCACUGUCAUGUUUGCCAUCAUCUUCAUGGCCUACGCGCAGCUUGGUUACCUGGUCUUUGGGACGCAGAUCAAGGACUUCAGCAGUAUCGGUUCCUGCAUCUAUACACUGUUCCGUAUCGUCCUUGGAGAUUUCAACUUCCAUGAGUUGGAGGCUGCCAAUCGAUUCAUGGGUCCCAUCUUCUUCUUGACCUAUGUGUUCGUGGUCUUCUUCGUUCUGUUGAACAUGUUCUUGGCCAUCAUCAACGACACCUACAGUGAAGUCAAGUCCGACAUCGCCCUUCAGAAGUCCGAGUUCGAGAUCACCGACUACUUCAAGAAGGGUUACGAGAAGAUGGUCGGUAAGAUCAAUUUCAAGCGAGAUAAGAUCGCCGACAUCCAGGAGGCCCUGGCUCAUGCCGAUCACAAUGCCGAUCAACAUCUGGACUUUGAUGAAUGGCGUCAGGAACUCAAAUGCCGUGGCCAUGCCGAUGCUGAGAUUGAGGCUGUGUUUGCCAAGUACGAUGUCGAUGGCGAUCGGGUCCUCGAUGCUGAGGAGCAGAUGAAGAUGGCCCAUGACUUGGAAGGCCAGAAGACUGAUCUGAACAAUCAGCUGGCAGAGUUGGAAGACGCCAAGGCCAACCACCGUCCGACCACUGCCCGUAGCCGUGUGAGCAUCAAUGAUGACGAUGAUGACGACGACGAUGAGGAGGGUGGUGGUCGUCGUCGCGGUGGUGGUGGUGGUGGUGGUGGCGGCGGGGUUGCCUACGAGGAAUUUGUUGUUCUGUCCCGCCGUGUUGACCGUAUGGAGCAUUCCAUCGGUAGCAUCGUGUCCAAGAUUGAUGCCGUCUUGGUCAAGCUGGAAGCAAUGGAACGAGCCAAGCUGAAACGUCGUGAGACCAUGGGCAAACUGCUUGAUUCUAUCACUGAGGAGCGUGAAAUCAAGAUGGCUUACAAGCAAGGAACCGGAGGACUGCCGCGAUCUUCUUCAUCCGCAUCUCAGUAUAGUGAGAUGGAUGAAGAUGAGGAUGAGCAAGGCAACGUUGACAAGCGUGAGAAGAUGGAGAAGCUUGUCCGGGAGGAGCUGGAACGCUGGGACUCGGAAGCGUCCCUCUCCCAGGCCAGUCGCAGGGCUGGAAGCCGUCCCGGGAGCUCCCAGAGAUCUCGCCCUCCCAGCUCUAUCUCUCACCAAGUUGGACUCGCGGCUCCGAGCAGUCGAGCUAGUCGUCGACCUUCAGCCACGUCGCAGCGAUCAUCCACUCAGGUUGCCUUGACGAUGGAUGACAGCAACAAGGCUGAUGAUUCUGAGGAGUCCCCUCGCGCUGCUUCUAAUGCUUCCACCCUGCGUCCAGGCUCACAGGCACGUUCGGUCUCACAACUGAGCAAGCGUGCUCCCUCCGAGGCCCGCUCGGUCUCUCAGAUGAGCAAACGAGCCCCGUCCGAGGCUCGCUCUGUCUCGCAGAUGAGUGAACGGGCCCCGUCCGAGGCUCGCUCUGUCUCGCAGAUGAGUGAACGGGCCCCGUCCGAGGCUCGCUCUGUCUCGCAAAUGAGCGAACGGGCCCCAUCGGAGGCUCGCACCGAAUCGCAGAUGAGCGAGCGUGCCCCGUCCGAGGCCCGUUCGCGCGCUGCCUCUUCUCGCGCAUCCUCUCGCGCUACCACUGCCAAGUCAACAGCAUCCCGGGCGUUCAGUCCUCGUUCAGACUCAGUCAUGUCGGCUGAAUCGCAUGCUUCCUCUGAACCUUCAGAGUAUUCCAGCGACGGAGAGGAUGAUUACGACGAUGAUGACGACGAGGAGUAUUCUGAGGACGAGGAUUAAAUUGGGGCCGAUCACCCCAUCAACACAAGCAAUGUCUAAUUGUUCAACCAACCAUCCUCCACUCGACUGGAUAAGAAUUACAUCGAGCUAAUGCAAAUCAAUUAUACCAAGAACAAGAAAGAGAUCAAUAGAAGACUGAGGGACAACACACAGUGUAAUGAAUUACUAUUUCUACUACGGUUUGUGGAUUGUUUGUUUUAACACUGGCAAUACAUACAGAGUUAGUACAGUUCACUUUACAACUUAGCCAGCCAAGUUAUUCAUUGUAAAAUUGCACACUUAUUUAAUGGAAAGGUAAGGGAUUUUGUAUAUAUUAUAUUUUAAUUUGACAAUCACACUAACUGGCAGUCUCAAACUGAUGAAAUUAUUUGAAGACAAUACCACUUGGGAGGGGGAUAUUGCAAACAAACAAACAAAAACAAAUAUUUUUAAGGAAUAUGUGGUUACACUGGUUUGGAUUGUGAUGAUAUAUAAUUCAAACGAAAAGGCUUUUAUGUUUGAGAACAGAGAAUAUAUUUAUUGAACAUGUAAAUAAUUAUUUGUAGAACAGUGGAUAUGUGAAAAUGAAGUACUUGUGUUAGGCAAAAAUGUUUAUUAGAAUGUUAUGGAGUCAAAGUUGAUUUAUUUAUUAUGGUUACAAAUUUUGUGAAUUUUAUCCUUCUUGUGCCAAGUUAUCAAUGUAUGAUACAUGUAUAUAUGUAUUCUAAGUGAUCUAUUACUUUCAAUGGACACAGAUCCAUAUUUCAAGCAUGCAUUAUUUGCACCACAACUAUUCCUUUAAUCCUAUUUUCUUUUUACCUGUGUAAACAUUACAAGCAUCAGACCCAUGUUUUGCAAAAGAUGGGAAAUUUAUUUUCUUUCUUUUUUUCUUUUAGUUAUCUGUAGGCCUACUUGUCUUUACUGUCUAUUUUGCCACACUUCUAUCUUUUCUACAUGUAUAAAUACAUGGUUAUGUACAUAGUCUAGUUUUCAAAGAGAGGAAUAAAAUUGUUUUUCCUAUGUGUACAUUCCAUCCAUCCUAGUAAAUCUUUAUACUAUGCCCUGUUUAUAAAACAUUUGAUCUUCUUUUCAUGUUUCUUAUUCUGAAAUCUUAUCCUAUGUUGUAUCCUAUGCUGUCUAUAAAGUAUUGAUAUCUCACAGUCGCUUUGAGUAUAUUCAAAUGUAGGUUUUCUUCCUAACUUCUCUAAAUCUUCCCUAUUUCUUCCAAAACUUUUGUGCCUUUCUUCUUUAAUCUCUUUAUUUCUCAUCAGUAUGUAAAUUAAUAGAAUGUAUUUUGAACACGAAAAGAUAUUUGAAUACCUUUUUUCGCCAUUGUAAUGUGGAUAUAUCAUUCCAAAUUUCUGAGCUUUAUGUAGUACAUGUAUAUGAAACAUGGUCUAUGGCUUUAUAUCUGUUGUAUUUUUUUGUUAAUAUUUGUAGAGCAAUAUAUAAAUUGUAAGAUUUCUUUAAAGAUCAAGCUUUCUUAAACUAGUUCUGGUUUGGGUUUAUAAAUAUACUCUCAAGGGUCCUGUUACACAAAACUUAGUGACUGUUCAUGUGAUUGAUUUAACAUUGUGGUCAGUGCAUGAUCAAUCAUAAUAUUUGCUUAUUAUCUAUUGCUAUUAAGCAUCGUGAUACAGGGCCCUUGAUUUUACUUGAAAAUGAACAUAAUGCAAAGAAGCGUAAGAACAAUGAUCUGUCCAAGAAAACGAACAAAUUUCAAUGUAAAGUAUAUUAUUGGGGGAAUUAUUUCAUUAAAAAAAAAAGGUUUUGAAGGUUUGAUACCAGUAAGAAAUGUUUAAAGCUUUUUGAAAUAGCCUUUAAUUAGUUACUUGAAUGUAUAAUUAUUAUGUCUGCCUGUAAAUAUUUGCAGUGCAUAGUAUGUGUAAACUUGCCAAAUUCAAACCAUACAUUAUUUUUACUUCAUUGGACAAAAAUCAAUUGGACAUUUUUAAAUGAUUUUGAAACUACACAAAGAUUUUGCUUAAAAUUCAUAAACGUUGACCCAAAAAAUUCUUCUUCAAAUUUUACCUCAGUAAAGAGAAGAUUAUUAAUAUAAAUGAAAGCAUUGAUCAACAUCAGUCCAAAUUUAAAUGAAUUUUUUCCAGGUUUUUCUUAUUUAUGUGUUCUUUAAUGGGAUUUAAUGUACUAUACUCAAGAACGAUAUCACUAAAAUCAUUAAUAAAAUCAUUAUAAGAAUUGUAUGGUAAUUUUAAAUGGCAUUAAUGUACGUUAUUAGCUGGCACAAGAUUGUAACAAUCUUCAUCUUUUUAAAGACAUGAAGAGCUGAAAUGAGUUUGAAUGUAUGCACAUGUGUAGUUGGUGUUCAUAGACCUACAGUAUAUACAUGAAUAAGUGUAUGUGGUUUAUUCUGGACUUAUAUAGAGGUUAUAUAGGCUGGAUCAUAUUUGAGCUGAACAAAAACAAACAAAAAAUGUAAAUAGUUGAUACAUGUAGUUGUUUCUUGUAUUCAAUUUCAAAGCACAAUUUGCACUUCUUCUACAGUGUAGAUAAUUUUUUUUGCCAGGUCUGGUAAAUACAUGUACCAACAAAAAUCAAAUUAAACCAUAUGUAUUUUAUCCCUAGAAAUUAAAAUUAUUUUCCAUGGAAUGUGUAUUCCAGAAAGCAACCUUCUGAAUAUUUAUGUUUUUGUUUCUUUUAUCCAAAGAAAUAGAUGUUAAAAGUAACAAUAUACAUUAACCCGUCCCUAAUUUAUGAUGCCUUGUUUAUUAUCAAUUGAAAGCCAAUGGAUUUUGGAUUUUUCACAACCUUGCCUUGAAAGUAUUUCUUGAAGAGAAAGAAAUGUCUCUUGUGGACUUAAUGUUCAGAGCUUUUUUAUACACUGUCAAGAAUUCUAAUGUUACUGGACUGGAAAAUCUGAGAUUUGAUGCAUAACACCUUGAAAAUGUCCCGUCCAUAUUUUGUAUUCAUUCAUUUUUAAAGAACAUGCCUUGCUAGGAGUAACAAGUAAUGACAAAGCAGUCCUACUUUUGAUGUUUAUGCGUAACCCCUCUUGAUUACAAAUCACAAUUUUUAUCAACGGACUGAAGUAAAAAAAAAAAUAUAUAAAAAAAAGAAAUGCCAUGUGAUGAAUAAUUAUUACUGCUAUGUUCUUUUGAACAUUGAUCUUAAAUGAAAGAAAAGUGUAAUGCAGUUUUGAAUUGAAAAGUUUCUAUAAAGGUUAUUGAAUAUUGAAAAUAAUGUGAAAAUGCUGUCUUUAAGUAGUUUCGAAGGCAACACUCGAGCUUGAAAUUAAAUGUUUUGGAGGUAAAACAGAUUUGCAUUUAAAAGGAGAGUAUAAUUCCAGUUAAAGCCGUCCUAGUUUGUUAAGUUUCAAAUUUGUUGAAUAUGAAAUGUUAUGCAAGAUAUAUAUCACCUUGAAUUUUAUUGUUUUUUUUUAAGUAAAACAAACAGGUAAAAGUUGUUUCUAAAGACGUUUGAAUGCAUCUAAUACAUUUAUAUCGUUUGUCAAUCGCCAGAUUAUAUGAACAGUUGCCUGGCAUGCAAAAUGUGUCUAGAAAAAUACCCAACUGGUUAUUUUAAAGUCAGUGUCACUUACAAAUUGUUGAACAACAGAAUAUACUGAAAAUGCUUGCAGGCUGAAAUUUUUGUGGAUUUUUCAAGGCUCUGAAAUUAUUUUUGACCGAAAGCCUUCAAGUCAAAUUGAAGAACAAAAUGGCUGACACUUAGCUGAAACUUUGGUAUAUAUUCCAAAGAGUUGCCUUUGUAUGGACUGUUAAAACUGUAAUCAUUUUUUUUUAAUCGUUACAUGAACAAAAUAAUAACUUAGACUGUGCCUUGAAAUAUACCCAGGUUCUUUCAGAAAAUUACCUUGAAUUUUGUGCUCUUGAUGACACAAUUGUGGCAUAAGAUAUUUUACUGCAGAAAAAAACUGACUAUUUUAACCAGAGUCAAUGGCAAAAUUGGAGUUUUCAGUUUUUAACACUUGUUUUUAUGAUAAAGUUUUUAGGCAAUUGGCCCCUGAAGUGUGCUUAUUCAGAUUCAAUAUACUUGCUUCUUGUACUCCCAAAUUAUCUCUUUAAUAAAACUAUAUGUUAUAGUACCCCAUAA